CUGCGGGCAUGGUCGCGUCCUGGGCGCUGCCCGCGCCCCUCAGUCCGGCGCAGCUGAAGCGCCUGGAGCAGCACCGCUACAGCGCGGCUGGGCGCUCGCUGCUGGAGCCGUGGCUGCAGCCCUACUGGGGCUGGCUGGUGGAGCGGGUCCCGCGGGGGCUGGCGCCCAACGCCAUCACCAUGGGCGGCCUCCUGCUCAACUGCCUGACGGUGCUGCCUCUCAUCGCCUGCUGCCCCAGCGCCACCGAGCAGGCACCUUUUUGGGCAUACAUCCUGGGUGCACUAGGACUUUUUAUCUACCAGUCUCUGGAUGCCAUUGAUGGGAAGCAAGCCAGAAGAACAAACAGUAGUUCUCCUCUCGGAGAACUCUUUGAUCAUGGUUGCGACUCUAUUUCCACAGUAUUUGUUGUCCUUGGAUCCUGCAUAGCAAUCCGACUGGGAACAAAUCCUGACUGGUUGUUUUUCUGUUGUUUUGUGGGACUGUUCAUGUUCUAUUCUGCUCACUGGCAGACAUAUGUAUCAGGCAUACUAAGGUUUGGAAAAAUUGAUGUAACUGAAGUUCAGAUUGCCAUAACAGUGCUGCUCUUGAUAUCUGGCUAUGGAGGAGCAGGAAUAUGGGACUAUAAGGUCCCUUUGCUGGGCUUAGAACUGAAGUUCUUUGCAGUUAUUGGCAUCCUGUGUGGAACAGCACUUUCUUUUUUCAAUUACUUCCGUGUCAUCUUUGGUGGAGGAGUUGGAAAGAAUGGAUCCACAAUAGCAGGAACAAGUGUUCUUUCACCAGGCCUGCACAUUGGACUGCUUAUCACACUGGCCAUUACAAUUUAUAAAAAGUCUACAACUCAGCUGUUUGAAAAACAUUCUUGCCUGUAUGUCUUGACAUUUGGGCUUGUGAAUGCCAAAAUCUCACAGAAGUUGGUGGUGGCUCACAUGACAAAAAGUGAAAUUUGUCUUCAGGACUCUGCAUUUAUUGGGCCAGGACUUCUGUUUUUGGACCAGUACUUCAAUAGUUUCAUUGAUGAAUAUAUUGUUCUGUGGAUAGCAUUGGUAAGUGUUUUAUACUUUUUGUUUGGACUAUCCUUUAAGGAAUGGAUUGAGAAUUGUCCCUGCCAUUCUGCUCUGCCAUUUCUGACUUGCUCGCAUUUCUGCUGUCACUGCAGAGAGAGUGCAGGGUACCAUGUAAAUAUGUUUUUGGGAGCUGACUGUAUUGCUUUUCUUGGAACAGAGAUGUGAGAGUAAAUUUAUCAAUCUCUCCUGAAAUUAUGCUUUAGUCCAUGUGGGUUUUUUAAACUCGUUUUGUGAACUGUGGACAAACUUUUUUUUUAAUAAGAUCUUUUAAGUGUUUAGUGUUGUUAGGAUGUGGGCGUUUGUGAUGAUUUUAUUUGUAAUUCUAAACUAGACUACUCUGUAGCUACAUGUUACAAUGAUGUAUGUAUGUUACACUUGUCACUUGGAUAAAUUCUGAUUAAAGUAUAGCAUAUUCAUAGUAGGGAUAAUUUUUAAAAAUGGCAUUUUUUUAACCUGUUCUGUUUUGUUCUUUUUAAGUUCAUAUCGUUGUUUGAUAUGCUGAGAUAUGCCAGUGGUGUGUGCCUACAGAUUGCCGCUCAUCUUCAUAUACAUAUCU